CCUGACUGUCACACGAGUGAAUGACGGUCCUGAAUUCGGCUUCACUCAGAAGAAGAUUUGGCCAAACCCAUUGGUAUACUGCUGAAAGACGAAAUAUCACCUUAGAAUCAUCCGGUAAAUCCAGAGUCCCAGAGAGAGACUUUCCCGUUCCACACCUUCUAGGCAGAGCCGCUCUCCUGUCUCACUUCGUUUCGGACUUGUCCACAUACUAAAAAAGACUGUCCAACUGAACUGAUCCAGAUAUUCCUUGACCUUGAAGUCAUUCAACAUGGGAUCCACAACACCAACCCAGCUCCAUUCAGAACCUCCAGUAUCCGAAUGCGCCGAACCAAUUGCUAUUGUCGGCAUGGGAUGUCGUUGGCCUGGGGACUCGGAAUCACCUUCGGAACUUUGGUCGUUCCUUCAAGAGAAAAGGCACGCUUACAGCAAAUUUCCUUCUGACAGAUUGACUGUCGAGUCAUUCUACCAUCCCGACAGCAGUCGACCGGGCUCAUUCUAUACCGAAGGUGGCUGCUUCAUCAAGUCUCGAGUCCAGGAUUUUGACAAUGCAUUCUUCGGCAUUCACCCACGAGAGGUCGCAAGCCUUGAUCCUGCCCAACGGAAACUUCUUGAAGUCGUAUACGAAGCUUUUGAGUCUGCUGGUGUGUCCAUGGAAAGACUCGCUGGAUCAAAGACGGGUUGCUUUGUUGGCAAUUUUAAUUAUGAUCACCAGCUUAUGCAGUAUCGAGAUCCUGAGUACUCGCCGCCGUAUGCCGUGACUGGUGGAGGCAUAACCGUCCUCAGUAACCGCAUCAAUUACGUGUUUGAUCUUAAAGGACCAAGCAUGACUCUCGAUACAGCUUGCAGCAGUUCGAUGUAUGCUCUACAUAUGGCCUGCUCGGCAAUCGCCUCGGGUGACUGCGUUGGGGCAGUCGUUGGCGGGUCCAACCUGAUUCUGACUCCCGAGUGCCAGCUUUUCUCUUCCGUUCUUGGAGCAGUCUCUCCCACUUCAGUGUGCCAUACCUUUGAUGCCUCUGCUGAUGGCUACGCCCGUGCUGAUGGUAUUGGCGCUCUGUAUAUUAAGAAGUUGUCAGAAGCUGUGAAGGAUAGGGAUCCAAUCCGGGCAGUGAUCCGCGGAACAGCGGUAAAUGCGAACGGGAGGACAGGGGGUAUUACACAUCCCAGCCCCGAUGGUCAAGAGGCUGUGAUCAGGCGUGCCUAUGAACGUGCAGGUGGGCUAGAUCCCUCACUGACUGGAUAUUUCGAAUGUCAUGGAACCGGGACUGCUGUUGGUGACCCUCUUGAGGUUAAUGCCAUUGGGAGGAUCUUUGCGAACGGCCGGUCGAGCUUGCAACCCCUUCACAUUGGUUCAAUCAAAUCGAAUCUUGGGCACAGCGAGCCAUCGAGCGGUAUUGCUGGAAUCAUGAAAGCCGUACUCGCUAUAGAAAACGGCAUGAUUCCACCAACCAUUGGUAUCAAAAAACUAAAUCCUAACAUCGAUUUCAAAGAUGGAAAGUUGCGUGUUGUCACAGAAAGUACUCCCUGGCCCAACCUCCCUCUUCGCAGAGCGAGUGUGAACAGCUUUGGAUAUGGAGGCGCAAAUGCCCAUGCAAUUCUCGAAUCUGUAGAUAGUGUCUUGCCCGGAUACAGAAAGGCGACACAAGCAGACUCAAAAACCGACCUCUUGAAAGACCAUCUCAACAACGGCUACAGAAAUGGCAACAGUAAUGGUUAUAGCAUUGGUCACAACUCUACCAGAACUUGGUACCUGUUACCUUUCUCGGCCCACGAUGAGAAAACUCUUCAUGGGAAUAUUAGCAAUCUUGCCCAAGCCCCUUUCACAUGGGACCUAGGCGACGUCGCAUAUACAUUGAGCGCACGUCGCUCUGUUCUAUCGCAUCGCGCAUUUUCCGUUGCGGAGAAGAGUAGCGUACAAGAGUGUAUUGAAGGAGCACACACCACAGCAGUCAAAAAGUUAGGGUUAUCGGUACCUACUGUCGCUUUCAUAUUCACUGGACAAGGCGCACAGUGGCCUCAAAUGGGUCUCGCUCUCAUGGAAGAAUUCCCUACAUUCCUUGAUACAAUCCGUGCUCUUGAUAAGGACCUUGAUGAGCUGAAUGAUGGGAGACAAUGGUUGAUAGAAGACGUACUUCGUCAAUCCGCUAAAAUAAGCAAGAUUCACAACGCUCAAAUCUCCCAACCAGUCGUCACAGCUGUGCAGCUGGCUCUUGUCGAUAUUUUGACCUCGUGGGGUAUUUUACCUGCGGCAGUUGUGGGUCACUCAUCGGGCGAAAUUGCUGCAAGCUACGCUGCUCACCUCAGCUCCAGAAGAGAUUGUAUAGUGGCUGCGUAUCUUAGAGGCAAAGCAGUUAGCCACAAUGCAGCGAAAGGUUCAAUGCUUGCUGUUGGUCUAGGAUCAAGAGAUGCAGAACGAUACAUCAAGUCCUUUCAGAGCCACAUUGUUCAGGCCUGUCACAAUUCUCCGAACAGCGUCACCCUGAGUGGCGAUUCCGACUCUAUUCACGAAGUCAAGAAAGACUUAGACGCAGAUGGUGUUUUCGCAAGGAUCUUGUCCACAGGUGGGAACGCUUACCAUUCUCACCACAUGAAGGCUCUAGGCCAGGAGUACGAGCAAUCCAUGCAUUCUUUCCUUGGAUCUGUUCCUCAUGAUCACGUAAUGAGUCCCCUACGGAAGGAACAUGGCGCAACGAACGUUCACGAUGUUGCAUUUUUCUCCUCUGUCUAUGGGGCUUUGAAUCCUGGCGGUUCACUAGGCCCCGCAUAUUGGAGAUCCAACCUUGAGUCUCCCGUUCUAUUCGACGAGGCUGUCACCGCGAUGUUAGGCUCCAUAGACAUCGAUAUUGUCGCCGAGAUUGGCCCCCACAGCGCGCUUCAAGGUCCUCUUCGCCAGAUAUUCCAGGCAGCAGGUUUGGAUAAGAUUCCGGAUUACAUUCCUGCCAUGAAAAGAAAUUCUGAUGGUGCUAUCGAUCUCCUCACAUUGGCCGGCAAUAUGUUCACGAAGGGCGUGAACGUGGAUCUUGCCAAUGUCAAUGCCACUCCCUCAGCAACGGGUGAUGGGAGCCUAGUAUAUGGAAAGGUCGUCACUGAUCUGCCACAUUACAAAUGGCAAUACUCUGAUGAAUCAAUCAUUUUGGAGAAUCGUUACACUAGAGAGUGGCGCUUAAGACAGCAUCCGCGACACGACUUGCUCGGAAGUCGAAUUCCAGGAGGAUCACGAGAUGAGCCAACGUGGCGAAAUAUCCUACGAAGCAAGACUUUGCCGUGGCUCAGUGAUCAUCGUCUUGGCAAUGAUAUGGUUCUGCCAUCAGCAGCGUACUUAUCAAUGGCUCUCGAAGCUGCAAUGCAGUGUAUUGAGAUCGAUGGGAGAGUACCAGAAACCAUUGAUAGUUUUGAGUUUCGUGACGUGACGCUCCAGAACGCUUUUAUCAUUCCCGAAGACGAUGCUGGCAUAGAAAUGCUCUUCACUUUACGCCCAGCAGCGCUAAACUCGACGUUGAGAUACGAAUCGAGAUAUGAUUUCAGACUCACUUCCGUCGCACGCGAAAGUGGAAAAGAUGUGUUUGUAACGCACUGCACAGGCAGUGUGGAGGUAUCGUUUGAUCCUAGAGAGCAUAAAACGAGUCACCUACUCAGCGAAUUCAAAGCCUCUUCGUCCCUACACAAAGAUGUAUCUGUCUCUCGGUGGUAUGAACAGUUCACACGAGUUGGACUUUGCUAUGGCCCAACAUUCCGAGGCCUAUCAAAGAUACAUGCAGUGGGCUCCACGAACAUGGCCGCUGCAACAAUCAAUCCCCACCCUACCUCCAACUUGAUGAAGAAUGAAUCACGGUAUAUCAUUCAUCCAGCCGCCUUGGAUGCUGCGUUGCAGCUUCUCAUAUUAGCCUCCCACAAAAACACCCCUCACACAUUCAAAAAGGCUUAUAUGCCAGUGGGAUUCGAGACUAUUUUUGUCUGGCCACGAAAUUCAAUUCUUGCAAAUGGGAUGACAAACAUGAUCGCGAAGGGAAAUCUGAAAGGAGUGCGGGGACUCUCCGCAGAUUUGACGAUUUGUGGAUCUGAUGACUUGCCAUUUUUGAACGCCAGAAAUGUCUUCUUCAUUGCAUCAGAUCAGACUCCUCACGUCAUAGACAACAGAAACGGACCCUACACGAGGAUGAUAUGGAAGCCCGAGUUCUCUCAGCUCGAUGAUUCGAAAAUUGCCAGUCUUCAUCCACCUGUCACUCUUGAUGACAAUGCUAUCAUACCAUCUCUCAACAGCCUCGCGCUACAUCAGCUCAUUCAUUUCAAGGCCACAAAUGCAUCUAUUUUCGAGAAUGGUUCCCAAGUUCCCCACCUCCAACGCCUCCUUGACUGGACUGAGCAAAAGCUACUCCUGGCAGUAAAAAACUCAUUCUCACCAGCCAAACAAAUUUUCAACUACAGCGACGCAGAACGAGAAGCCGAGAUUAAUCGACGGGCUGCCUUAUUAAACCCGGUGUCCUCUGAAUCACGCCUCAUGUGUCACUUGUAUGCCAACCUCCCGGCAAUCUACAAUGGCGAAAAGACGGGCAUCCAAGUUGCCCUCCAGGAUAAUCUGCUCAUCGAGAACUACGAAUAUGGUCAAGUCUACAAGGAAGGCAAUCGACGACUCGCACGAGUAAUUGACUUGCUUGCUCAUGAAAAACCAGGACUCCGCAUUCUGGAAAUCGGAGCUGGAACUGGUAGUGCAACUAAAGAGAUCUUGCCAGCUCUUUCGGGCCACACGCUCUGGCGACGGUACGAAGAAUAUCGGUUCACAGACACUACACCCUCGUUCCUAGCUGAUGCCGAGGCCAAACUCAGUAAGUAUCUCGGAUUGACUUACGGUGUCUUCGAUAUGGAGAAACCUGCCGACGCCCAAGGGUACCAAGCGGAAUGGGAUCUGGUCAUUGCCUCGAACGUCGUUCAUGCGACUUCGAACAUUAGGAACACUCUCAUGAAUGUUCGCAGUGCUUUGAAACCCGGCGGCCGCAUGAUUCUCCUCGAGCUGACGCAAUCGCAAUUGAGUGCUGGUCUGGUUCUAGGGACAUUCUCUGAUUUCUGGAAGGGAGAUCUUGACCCAGAAUUUCCACGCCGGGAUGGACCAUUCCUGGGCAAGGACAUGUGGCGCUCUGUCUUGCCACAGGCUGGGUUUAGUGGCCUUGACUUCCAUCUGGAUGAUUAUGCCGGUGACAAUAUAUCUGCAACUGUCAUCUGUGCAACAGCUAUUCAAGUGAAAGAACGAGUUGAUAGUGGAGUUGAUUACAGUCAGUUAGGGAUGACAUUGAUCCACCGUGAUCAGCCGACCAAGUUUGUCCUCGGUAUGGCAGACUACCUCACAUCGCUUGGCUUUACGAUAGAAAUAAUCUCCAUUUCUAGCAUGAAAAGCAUCCCGCAUACUCGAAUUCUCUUCUUGCUUGAGGUCGAAUCUCCUUUCUUCACCGACGCUACUCCGGCUGAGUUCGCAGGUUUCCAGAAAUAUGUGCAGUCAGCUCAAUCAGCAUUGUGGAUUUCUGCUGGCAACCUGUUAGAUGGACGAGAGCCUGCCUUUGCCAUGAUUUCAGGAGUCGUCCGUGGACUACGAACUGAGAUGAGCCAACUUCGCUUGGGGACCCUUGACUUGGAAAAUAAACCCUCAACCGCAGAUGUCUCGAUCUUCAAGGACAUUGCUGAAGCAGAAUCACGGCUUGCCAAUGGCUCGGUUACAGAGGACAGCGAGUUCAGGAUGAAGAAUGGUCUUCUCUACAUUAGCCGACUUGUUGCUGAUGAUGCACUCAACACGCAAUCCAGAGAUAUCACAGAACAGACCUUGUCGACACAAGAAAAAUCAUUGAGAGAAUUGAGAUCAACACCUAUACGGGUAGAUAUCGACAAACCUGGUGUACUGAGUACAUUAUACUUCCGUGAAGAUGAAGAAUUCUCUCACCCUCUGCCAGAUGACUGCGUUGAAAUCGAGACUCGGUUUGCCGGCGUGAACAACAAAGAUAUCGCUGUCGUCACCGGACGCCAUCAUUCAAAUACAUUCAGCGACGAGUGUGCAGGACGCAUCACCAAGGUCGGAUCCUCCGUCACCCAGUUUGAACCUGGAGAUGAAGUGUAUUGCCAGUCCUUUGCUAAAUUCGGAAACUUCGUUAGAGACAAAGCAUCGUUCUGCCAGAAAAUCCAUCCACAAGAUUCAUUUGCCGAUUCCGUCACCAUGCCCAUUGCCUUCUGCACCGCCAUCUAUGGUCUCAUGGAGCUGGGAAGGUUGCAAAAGGGAGAGUCUGUUCUCAUCCAAUCCGCAACGGGAGCAGUAGGACUCGCAGCUGUGCAGAUAGCGCGCAUGUGUGAAGCUGAAAUAUUUGUUACGGUGGGAACACCUGAGAAGAAGUCUGCUCUCCUUUCAAUGGAUUACGGAAUUGCUGAGGAUCAUAUUUUUGGCUCGCGCGACCUUGCAUCCGCCUCUGCGGUUCUCGAAGCAACAAAUGGCCGGGGAGUUGAUGUCAUUCUCUGCAGUGCACGCGGUCAGUUAAUGCACGAGUAUUGGACCUGCAUUGCUCCAUGUGGACGCUUCAUUGAAAUUGGGCGGACGGAAGUUCUGGAUAGUGGGAAACUCAACCUCGAUGUCUUUCGGCGCAAUGCUCUCUUUGCUUCUUUUGAUCUUGAGGUACUGAGCAAAGAUAGCCCAGCUACAAUAGCACGUCUCAUGAGCAAGAUUCAUGAAUUUCGGUCACUAGGACACAUCAGGCCCCUGCCUUUCUACACAUUCCAUGUUGCAGAGAUAGAUAAAGCCUUGGCAACAUUCAGCAAAGGAAAUCAUAUUGGCAAAAUCAUCCUCUCGUACGAACACGAGCCCGAGAUGGGGAUCAAGUUCCGGAAAAGCCCGUUCCACGCUUCGUUCGAUCCAGAGGCCACCUAUCUUUUGGUUGGUUGCCUUGGAGGACUGGGCAGAUCUUUCAGCGAUUGGGCAGUUUCACGGGGUGCCCGAAAACUGACCUAUCUAUCCCGGAGCGGUGCGAAUACCGCUGAGGCCCAGCGGUUCCUUGAGAGCCUUCGUUUGCGCGGGGUAACUACCAAUAUCAUACAGGGCGAUGUUUCUCGACUCGAAGAUGUUGAAGCUGCUGUGGCUGCUUGUAUAUCUCCGAUCAAGGGCGUGGUUCAAGGAGCGUUGACACUUCACGACGGUCUGUUUGAAUCAAUGUCUCUGGAUCAGUUCAAUGCUACCUUGAACUCCAGAGUUCACGGCACCGUGAACCUCCAUCGGGCGCUCCUCAACUCUCCACUUGACUUCUUCCAGAUGUGGAGCUCUUGGACCGUGAUGUUCGGCACCGCAACGCAAAGCAAUUAUCUCGCUUCGAAUGCUUUUAUGGAUGCCUUUGCUCGAUAUCGUCAAAAACUCGGUCUUCCUGCUACAUCUUUGAGUUUAAGUCAAGUGUUAGGCGUUGGAAUCGUGAGUUAUAUGCCAGAAUAUCAACAAGCGAUGAUUAGAAAUGGCUUCUAUGGUAAUAAUGAGGAUGAGUUCCUUCAAUACUGCCAAGCCGGAGUGUGUUCUCCACCUUCUCCUUCACAAGACAUCUUCACAUACGACCCAGAGUCACAAGGUCAUCUCCUCGUCGGAAUUGAGCCCGCAGGUCUGGACACGGUCGACAAGACCUAUCCACUGCAAGAUAUGGUCUGGGCUUCUGACCCCCGCUUUUCCCUCCUCAUCCACGCAACACGGAUGCUCUCUGUUGCGACAUCAGAGACCAAGGCAUUGGAUGAAUCGGAGAACGGCACUGUUGCUGAACAAGUCAGGCUUCGGAUCUCACGACUGUUGUAUGUUCCAGUCGAGGACGUCGACACUGGUACACCGAUCAAUGCUUAUGGCAUUGAUAGUAUGGUAGCGGCAGAGCUGCGGAAUUGGCUGUUCACGCGCUUUGGAAAGGAUGUUUCUUUAUUGAACUUACUUGGUGCGACGAUGACGAUUGAUAAGUUGGCUGAAACACUCGGCUCCGAGGGGGAGAAGUGAUGGUCUUUUUCGUGGAUUUUUUUCCAUCUCACUUAUUCAUUCUGUACGCCUGAUUUUUUCGCAUGGUUUCGAUAGCUAAGACAGUCACAACGAGAUCUUUCCUCCUGCUUUCUCUCUUAUACAGUGCC